GGCCAAAAAGCGAGAUACACACUAUGAGAUUUUUAGUAAGAGGCACAGCCUCUGUUAUAUCGAGAGAAAUUGAGAAACGCGUUGAGAUUUGUGGAGUUAUAGAGAUCAGGGUGAAAGGUUAAACAUUCUCACGAGUUUCCACAGACCCCCAUGGAUUUUUCUAACUCGGGUUUAUUGACGGUACGAGAACUAAUCCGCCGAGCGUUCCUACCAUGCAUGGCUAUAAUCGAGGCUUUGAUAUUCAAUAUGACCGAAUGCUUCAGUUUUCGUCGACGCGUCCAGAAAUAUCGAUUCAGGGACAAAGAUCUGGCACAGCUAGCUGGCGAAACAAGAUUUGCUGUUAAUGAAGUGGAGGCAUUGUCAGAGCUGUUUAAGAAAUUAAGUAGCUCAAUAGUUGAUGAUGGUUUGAUUCAGAAGGAGGAGCUUCAAUUGGCAAUAUUUCAUACCCCACAGGGAGAAAAUCUUUUCCUGGAUCGAAUGUUGGAAAUAUGUCAAACCACUUUAGUGAUGCAUUACCAACACUUGUAUCCUCUUGGACAUUUAUAUGCUGCAAUCCUUGCUGCCACCAAAAGGAACAAUCAGGUUUUCGAUCCUUUUCUUUUUGGCCUGAAGGUAUUUGAUCUUUUUGAUGAAAAGAGAGAUGGCGUUAUCGAGUUUGAGGAAUUUGUCCAUGCACUGAAUGUUUUCCAUCCUUAUGCCCCGGUAGAAGAAAAAAUUGAUUUUGCAUUUAGGCUAUACAAUAUAAGGCAAACUGGGUAUAUUGAACGAGAAGAAGUCAAGCAAAUGGUUAUGGCCAUCUUGAUGGAAUCUGACACGAAUCUGCCACAUGAGUUUGUUGAAGCUAUUGUUAACAAGACUUUUGCUGAUGCUGAUAAGGACAAUGAUGGUAGAAUUAGUAAAGAAGAAUGGACAGAUUUUGUGAGUCAAAAUCCAUCUCUUUUGAAGAACAUGACACUUCCAUACCUUAAGGAUGUCACCACUCUGUUUCCGAGUUUUAUUUUCGACACCAACAUUGAAGCUUGGGAAUAAGAAUGAUGUUGCGGCGAGAUAAAUUAGGUCACAACGGAUAGGUAAAGUCAUUGCUGCUACUCAUCAAUACCCAAUUUGGAGAUUUAUCAAAAAGUGUGAAGAAUUGGUUCUACUUUGUUGCAUAUUGGUGGUGGUAGGAAUGAAAUUAUUUUCAGCAAAAUGUGCGGGUGCCAGUAGGUGUGUCUAUGUGCGAUGGAUUAAUUAUUUAUAGGAGUGACAUAAGAAGUAAAAAUUUGUAAAGUUUUUUUUAAUUAAGAGAUGUACUUUAUCUAUUCAAUCGAGCGGAUUUAUUUUUGUAUAUCCAAAACUUUUAGGAAAAUUUUUGAGGUUUCGUUGCUGAUUCCUGUUAUAUUCAUGUACA